ACACCGAGUCUAGUUUUCUGCUAAAAUGACUGAAGCUGACAGGAAUAUUGUUCUGAAAAGAUACAAUUCGAUUGUGAAAGGACCACAGGACGAAAGAGAGUGUCGUGGUCUUGAACUUACCAAUGGUUUACGUGUUCUUCUGGUCUCAGAUCCAACAACUGACAAAUCUGCAGUUUCUUUGGCCGUUAAAGCUGGACAUCUCAUGGAUCCUUGGGAGCUUCCAGGACUUGCUCAUUUCUGCGAGCACAUGCUUUUCUUAGGAACAUCCAAAUAUCCUUUGGAAAAUGAGUUCACAAAAUUUCUGAGUGACAACGCCGGUAGCUACAAUGCUUGUACAGAACCCGAUCACACAUAUUAUCAUUUUGAUGUAAAACCUGAUCAACUUUAUGGAGCACUCGAUCGAUUUGUUCAGUUCUUUUUGUGCCCACAGUUUACGAAAAGUGCCACCGAACGAGAAGUAUGCGCCGUUGACUCUGAACACUUGAGUAAUCUAAACAGUGACUAUUGGAGAAUUCUUCAAGUUGACCGUUCCCUGUCAAGACCAGGCCAUGAUAAUCGAAAGUUUUGUACAGGAAACAAGAAAACUCUGUUGGAAGAUGCUCGAAAGAAAGGAAUUGAACCACGUGAUGCUCUUUUGGAAUUUUACAAGAAAUGGUACAGUUCUAAUAUAAUGACGUGCUGCAUAAUUGGGAAAGAAUCACUUGAUGUUCUUGAGUCCUAUCUACGAACGCUAGAGUUUGAUGCCAUUCAGAAUAAGAAAGCCGAGAGUAAAGUUUGGGCUGAGUUCCAAUACGGACCGGAUCAGCUGGCUAAAAAAAUCGACGUAGUUCCAAUUAAGGACAAAAAACUGGUUUCGAUCAUCUUCCCCUUCCCUGAUCUUAACAAUGAAUACCUUUCUCAGCCGGGACACUACAUUGCUCAUCUAAUCGGCCACAAAGGACCUGGUUCAAUAUCCUCUGAACUCAAACGCCUUGGAUGGGCAAGCUCGUUGAAGCCGGAGAGCAAAACAAUUGCGGCUGGUUUUGGUUAUUUUAAUGUAACCAUGGAUUUGAGUACUGAAGGGCUCGAACACGUCGAUGAGAUAAUACAACUGAUGUUCAAUUACAUCGGAAUGCUUCAAUCAGCAGGUCCUCAGCAGUGGAUCCAUGAAGAAUUGGCAGAGCUGAGUGCGAUUGAAUUCCGUUUCAAGGACAGAGAGCCGCUAACAAAAAAUGCAAUCAAAGUAGCUAGAAACCUUCAAUAUAUUCCAUUUGAGCACAUUCUGUCUUCUCGUUAUCUUCUUACCAAAUACAAUCCAGAACGUAUCAAGGAACUCCUCAGUACGCUCACUCCGUCCAAUAUGCUUGUUCGUGUUGUUUCUAAAAAGUUCAAAGAACAAGAAGGAAAUACAAAUGAGCCAGUUUAUGGAACUGAAAUGAAAGUAACUGAUAUCAGUCCAGAAAAAAUGAAAAAGUAUGAGAAUGCUCUGAAAACCAGUCAUCAUGCACUUCAUCUGCCAGAAAAGAACGAAUACAUUGUUACAAAGUUUGAUCAGAAACCACGCGAAUCUGUUAAAAAUGAACAUCCAAGGCUGAUCAGUGAUGAUGGAUGGAGUCGAGUUUGGUUCAAGCAGGAUGACGAGUACAAUAUGCCAAAACAGGAGACUAAGCUUGCUUUUACAACUCCAAUUGUUGCUCAAAAUCCGAUAAUGUCAUUGAUAUCUAGUCUUUGGUUGUGGUGCCUCAACGAUACUCUCACUGAGGAAACCUACAAUGCUGCCAUUGCUGGCCUCAAAUUCCAGCUUGAGUCGGGUCACAAUGGCGUACAUGAGCAAGCCGGAAAUUGGCUAGAUCCUGAAAGACAUGCAUCGAUAACCUUACAUGUAUAUGGAUACGAUGAGAAACAACCACUGUUUGUGAAGCACUUGACAAAAUGCAUGACUAAUUUCAAGAUUGAUAGAACUCGAUUCGACGUUGUAUUUGAAUCCCUUAAGAGAUCUUUAACAAAUCACGCAUUCUCUCAACCUUAUAUGCUCUCUAAAUAUUUCAAUGAGCUUCUCGUCGUCGAAAAGGUUUGGAGCAAAGAGCAACUGCUUGCAGUCUGUGAUAGUGCCACCUUGGAGGAUGUUCAAGGAUUUUCGAAAGAAUUGUUUCAAGCAUUCCAUCUGGAACUCUUUGUCCAUGGCAAUUCUACUGAAAAAAAAGCAAUUCAAUUGUCAAACGAAUUGAUGGAUAUUCUCAAAUCAGCUGCACCGAAUUCUCGCUUACUGUAUCGUAAUGAGCACAAUCCACGUCGCGAGUUCCAACUGAACAAUGGGGAUGAAUACAUCUACAGACAUCUUCAAAAGACUCAUGAUGCCGGAUGCGUUGAAGUGACUUUUAAAUUUGGUGUCCAGAAUACUUACGACAAUGCUCUCGCUGGUCUGAUCAGUCAACUCAUCCGGCAACCAGCUUUCAGUACCCUAAGAACAAAAGAAAGCCUAGAUGCCACAAGAUGAAUUUGAGAAGAAAGUUUCCGGAAUGAUUGCUCGACUCGAAGAAAAACCAAAAAACUUGGGUGGCAGAUUCUUGAAAUUCUGGAGCGAGAUUGAGUGCAGACAGUACGACUUUGAACGCAGAGAGAAAGAAGUUAAAGUUCUGAAAUCGAUUGGAAAAGAGGACGUUAUUGCACUUUUUGAUAAAAAAAUCCAAAAAGAUGCUGCUGAACAGCGCAAGCUUGUUGUCAUCGUCCACGGAAAGAAUGACGACCGAGAAACUGUGGAUCGUAUUAUCAAGAAAAAUAUUGAGUCGGGAAAACAAUUGAAGGAAAUUCUCUAUUGGGAUCAACUCCGGCAAUUCCUACCACUCAAUGAACAGCCAAUGGCAGCAAUUGACUUGAAGCCAAUUGGGGUGGGAUCCGGCAAACAUGAAGACUGACAAUUUGGAUGUGAACAAAUGACUCGAAUUUUUAAAAAAUCUCCAAAUCGUUGUGACAAAUAAUUUUAACUAUGUUUUGGGUGCAUCUAAAUAGAACUAUUUCCAAUCUUUUUUAUUUUGCUUUUUCUAGGAAAAAUAAACUUUAUUUUGAG